AUGCGUUUCGAAACCGCCUUUAUUUUUAUGUUUGCUUCCUUUGCCCUGGCGAACUGCUUUGACGAUUGCGUUAAUCGUGGUGGCGACCGUCGAAUUUGCCAGGCAUUUUGCAAUGGAGAACUCGUAUUUAACUUCGAGGCAUGGGAAAAGUGGAAAAAGCAAAACGGCCAUUAA